AUGAAAGCGGCUGGUAUAGCAUUGUGUUCCAAAGUAACAGAAAGUGAUCAAGAAAAGAUGAGGCAAGAAGAAGAAGCAAAAAAAGUAUUCACACGGAAGGGUUCAGGUGCUGAAGUUCAAAUUGUGCCUCCAAUAAGCAAGAUUGGUGUCACAAAAAAUGAUUCCAAAAUCAUUACUGAUAUGUUUGAUUUGGUAUCAAGGCAUGACACUGAUGGUUUAGUUGGAAGAUUCUUCAUUGGUUGUGGGAUUCCUUUCAAUGUGGCAAGGUCUCCAUUUUUCUAUGAAAUGGCGAGAGGCAUAAAUGAAGGACCGAGAGGUUAUAAGCCUCCAAGUGCUGAAAAGAUAAGAACCAACUUGCUUGAUAAAGAGAAAUCCAAAGUGGAUCGUGCUUUAACGGGCAUUCGAGAUCAAUGGCCUUUAUUUGGUGUUUCUAUUGUAUCUGAUGGUUGGAGUAAUGUGAAGAAUGAGUCUUUGAUAAAUGUAUUGGCUGUUUCAGGGGGUAGAGCUGUAUUUCUUGAAGGCGUUGAUUGUUCCGGGGAUGAAAAAACAGGACUUUACAUUGCUGGAAUUUUGCUUAAAGCUAUUGAGCAAGUUGGAAUAUAUAAUGUUGUACAAGUGCUCACAGAUAACGCUUCAGCUUGCAAACGUGCGGGAGAAAUCAUCAUGGAUAGACAUCCUCAUAUUUUAUGGUCAGGUUGUUUAGCUCACACCUUAAGCCUUUUGAUAAAUAUGUGA